AUGAGAACGAUUGAGGAGGUGCCAACCUUCAAGAAGACGCCCGAGACGACGGAGGUGGAUGAGACGGAGGAGACCACGACGUUCACGACAGAGACGUAUGAGACGGUUGAGGAGGUGCCAACCUUCAAGAAGACGCCCGAGACGACGGAGGUGGAUGAGACGGAGGAGACCACGACGUUCACGACAGAGACGUAUGAGACGAUUGAGGAGGUGCCAACCUUCAAGAAGACGCCCGAGACGACGGAGGUGGAUGAGACGGAGGAGACCACGACGUUCACGACAGAGACGUAUGAGAACGGUGAGGAGGUGCCAACCUUCAAGAAGACGCCCGAGACGACGGAGGUGGAUGAGACGGAGGAGACCACGACGUUCACGACGGAGACGUAUGAGACGAUUGAGGAGGUGCCAACCUUCAAGAAAGACGCCCGAGACGACGGAGAGACGUAUGAGACGAUUGAGGAGGUGCCAACCUUCAAGAAGACGCCCGAGACGACGGAGGUGGAUGAGACGGAGGAGACCACGACGUUCACGACGGAGACGUAUGAGACGAUUGAGGAGGUGCCAACCUUCAAGAAGACGCCCGAGACGACGGAGGUGGAUGAGACGGAGGAGACCACGACGUUCACGACGGAGACGUAUGAGACGAUUGAGGAGGUGCCAACCUUCAAGAAGACGCCCGAGACGACGGAGGUGGAUGAGACGGAGGAGACCACGACGUUCACGACGGAGACGUAUGAGACGAUUGAGGAGGAGACCACGACGUUCACGACAGAGACGUAUGAGACGAUUGAGGAGGUGCCAACCUUCAAGAAGACGCCCGAGACGACGGAGGUGGAUGAGACGGAGGAGACCACGACGUUCACGACAGAGACGUAUGAGACGAUUGAGGAGGUGCCAACCUUCAAGAAGACGCCCGAGACGACGGAGGUGGAUGAGACGGAGGAGACCACGACGUUCACGACAGAGACGUAUGAGAACGAUGAGGAGGUGCCAACCUUCAAGAAGACGCCCGAGACGACGGAGGUGCCAACCUUCAAGAAGACGCCCGAGACGACGGAGGUGGAUGAGACGGAGGAGACCACGACGUUCACGACGGAGACGUAUGAGACGUAUGAGGAGGUGCCAACCUUCAAGAAGACGCCCGAGACGACGGAGGUGGAUGAGACGGAGGAGACCACGACGUUCACGACGGAGACGUAUGAGACGAUUGAGGAGGUGCCAACCUUCAAGAAGACGCCCGAGACGACGGAGGUGGAUGAGACGGAGGAGACCACGACGUUCACGACGGAGACGUAUGAGACGAUUGAGGAGGUGCCAACCUUCAAGAAGACGCCCGAGACGACGGAGGUGGAUGAGACGGAGGAGACCACGACGUUCACGACGGAGACGUAUGAGACGAUUGAGGAGGUGCCAACCUUCAAGAAGACGCCCGAGACGACGGAGGUGGAUGAGACGGAGGAGACCACGACGUUCACGACGGAGACGUAUGAGACGAUUGAGGAGGUGCCAACCUUCAAGAAGACGCCCGAGACGACGGAGGUGGAUGAGACGGAGGAGACCACGACGUUCACGACGGAGACGUAUGAGACGAUUGAGGAGGUGCCAACCUUCAAGAAGACGCCCGAGACGACGGAGGUGGAUGAGACGGAGGAGACCACGACGUUCACGACAGAGACGUAUGAGACGAUUGAGGAGGUGCCAACCUUCAAGAAGACGCCCGAGACGACGGAGGUGGAUGAGACGGAGGAGACCACGACGUUCACGACGGAGACGUAUGAGACGAUUGAGGAGGUGCCAACCUUCAAGAAGACGCCCGAGACGACGGAGGUGGAUGAGACGGAGGAGACCACGACGUUCACGACGGAGACGUAUGAGACGAUUGAGGAGGUGCCAACCUUCAAGAAGACGCCCGAGACGACGGAGGUGGAUGAGACGGAGGAGACCACGACGUUCACGACGGAGACGUAUGAGACGAUUGAGGAGGUGCCAACCUUCAAGAAGACGCCCGAGACGACGGAGGUGGAUGAGACGGAGGAGACCACGACGUUCACGACGGAGACGUAUGAGACGAUUGAGGAGGUGCCAACCUUCAAGAAGACGCCCGAGACGACGGAGGUGGAUGAGACGGAGGAGACCACGACGUUCACGACGGAGACGUAUGAGACGAUUGAGGAGGUGCCAACCUUCAAGAAGACGCCCGAGACGACGGAGGUGCCAACCUUCAAGAAGACGCCCGAGACGACGGAGGUGGAUGAGACGGAGGAGACCACGACGUUCACGACGGAGACGUAUGAGACGAUUGAGGAGGUGCCAACCUUCAAGAAGACGCCCGAGACGACGGAGGUGGAUGAGACGGAGGAGACCACGACGUUCACGACGGAGACGUAUGAGACGAUUGAGGAGGUGCCAACCUUCAAGAAGACGCCCGAGACGACGGAGGUGGAUGAGACGGAGGAGACCACGACGUUCACGACGGAGACGUAUGAGACGAUUGAGGAGGUGCCAACCUUCAAGAAGACGCCCGAGACGACGGAGGUGGAUGAGACGGAGGAGACCACGACGUUCACGACGGAGACGUAUGAGACGAUUGAGGAGGUGCCAACCUUCAAGAAGACGCCCGAGACGACGGAGGUGGAUGAGACGGAGGAGACCACGACGUUCACGACGGAGACGUAUGAGACGAUUGAGGAGGUGCCAACCUUCAAGAAGACGCCCGAGACGACGGAGGUGGAUGAGACGGAGGAGACCACGACGUUCACGACGGAGACGUAUGAGACGAUUGAGGAGGUGCCAACCUUCAAGAAGACGCCCGAGACGACGGAGGUGGAUGAGACGGAGGAGACCACGACGUUCACGACGGAGACGUAUGAGACGAUUGAGGAGGUGCCAACCUUCAAGAAGACGCCCGAGACGACGGAGGUGGAUGAGACGGAGGAGACCACGACGUUCACGACGGAGACGUAUGAGACGAUUGAGGAGGUGCCAACCUUCAAGAAGACGCCCGAGACGACGGAGGUGGAUGAGACGGAGGAGACCACGACGUUCACGACGGAGACGUAUGAGACGAUUGAGGAGGUGCCAACCUUCAAGAAGACGCCCGAGACGACGGAGGUGGAUGAGACGGAGGAGACCACGACGUUCACGACGGAGACGUAUGAGACGAUUGAGGAGGUGCCAACCUUCAAGAAGACGCCCGAGACGACGGAGGUGGAUGAGACGGAGGAGACCACGACGUUCACGACGGAGACGUAUGAGACGAUUGAGGAGGUGCCAACCUUCAAGAAGACGCCCGAGACGACGGAGGUGGAUGAGACGGAGGAGACCACGACGUUCACGACGGAGACGUAUGAGACGAUUGAGGAGGUGCCAACCUUCAAGAAGACGCCCGAGACGACGGAGGUGGAUGAGACGGAGGAGACCACGACGUUCACGACGGAGACGUAUGAGACGAUUGAGGAGGUGCCAACCUUCAAGAAGACGCCCGAGACGACGGAGGUGGAUGAGACGGAGGAGACCACGACGUUCACGACGGAGACGUAUGAGACGAUUGAGGAGGUGCCAACCUUCAAGAAGACGCCCGAGACGACGGAGGUGGAUGAGACGGAGGAGACCACGACGUUCACGACGGAGACGUAUGAGACGAUUGAGGAGGUGCCAACCUUCAAGAAGACGCCCGAGACGACGGAGGUGGAUGAGACGGAGGAGACCACGACGUUCACGACGGAGACGUAUGAGACGAUUGAGGAGGUGCCAACCUUCAAGAAGACGCCCGAGACGACGGAGGUGGAUGAGACGGAGGAGACCACGACGUUCACGACGGAGACGUAUGAGACGAUUGAGGAGGUGCCAACCUUCAAGAAGACGCCCGAGACGACGGAGGUGGAUGAGACGGAGGAGACCACGACGUUCACGACGGAGACGUAUGAGACGAUUGAGGAGGUGCCAACCUUCAAGAAGACGCCCGAGACGACGGAGGUGGAUGAGACGGAGGAGACCACGACGUUCACGACGGAGACGUAUGAGACGAUUGAGGAGGUGCCAACCUUCAAGAAGACGCCCGAGACGACGGAGGUGGAUGAGACGGAGGAGACCACGACGUUCACGACGGAGACGUAUGAGACGAUUGAGGAGGUGCCAACCUUCAAGAAGACGCCCGAGACGACGGAGGUGGAUGAGACGGAGGAGACCACGACGUUCACGACGGAGACGUAUGAGACGAUUGAGGAGGUGCCAACCUUCAAGAAGACGCCCGAGACGACGGAGGUGGAUGAGACGGAGGAGACCACGACGUUCACGACGGAGACGUAUGAGACGAUUGAGGAGGUGCCAACCUUCAAGAAGACGCCCGAGACGACGGAGAAGACGCCCGAGACGACGGAGGUGGAUGAGACGGAGGAGACCACGACGUUCACGACGGAGACGUAUGAGACGAUUGAGGAGGUGCCAACCUUCAAGAAGACGCCCGAGACGACGGAGGUGGAUGAGACGGAGGAGACCACGACGUUCACGACGGAGACGUAUGAGACGAUUGAGGAGGUGCCAACCUUCAAGAAGACGCCCGAGACGACGGAGGUGGAUGAGACGGAGGAGACCACGACGUUCACGACGGAGACGUAUGAGACGAUUGAGGAGGUGCCAACCUUCAAGAAGACGCCCGAGACGACGGAGGUGGAUGAGACGGAGGAGACCACGACGUUCACGACGGAGACGUAUGAGACGAUUGAGGAGGUGCCAACCUUCAAGAAGACGCCCGAGACGACGGAGGUGGAUGAGACGGAGGAGACCACGACGUUCACGACGGAGACGUAUGAGACGAUUGAGGAGGUGCCAACCUUCAAGAAGACGCCCGAGACGACGGAGGUGGAUGAGACGGAGGAGACCACGACGUUCACGACGGAGACGUAUGAGACGAUUGAGGAGGUGCCAACCUUCAAGAAGACGCCCGAGACGACGGAGGUGGAUGAGACGGAGGAGACCACGACGUUCACGACGGAGACGUAUGAGACGAUUGAGGAGGUGCCAACCUUCAAGAAGACGCCCGAGACGACGGAGGUGGAUGAGACGGAGGAGACCACGACGUUCACGACGGAGACGUAUGAGACGAUUGAGGAGGUGCCAACCUUCAAGAAGACGCCCGAGACGACGGAGGUGGAUGAGACGGAGGAGACCACGACGUUCACGACGGAGACGUAUGAGACGAUUGAGGAGGUGCCAACCUUCAAGAAGACGCCCGAGACGACGGAGGUGGAUGAGACGGAGGAGACCACGACGUUCACGACGGAGACGUAUGAGACGAUUGAGGAGGUGCCAACCUUCAAGAAGACGCCCGAGACGACGGAGGUGGAUGAGACGGAGGAGACCACGACGUUCACGACGGAGACGUAUGAGACGAUUGAGGAGGUGCCAACCUUCAAGAAGACGCCCGAGACGACGGAGGUGGAUGAGACGGAGGAGACCACGACGUUCACGACGGAGACGUAUGAGACGAUUGAGGAGGUGCCAACCUUCAAGAAGACGCCCGAGACGACGGAGGUGGAUGAGACGGAGGAGACCACGACGUUCACGACGGAGACGUAUGAGACGAUUGAGGAGGUGCCAACCUUCAAGAAGACGCCCGAGACGACGGAGGUGGAUGAGACGGAGGAGACCACGACGUUCACGACGGAGACGUAUGAGACGAUUGAGGAGGUGCCAACCUUCAAGAAGACGCCCGAGACGACGGAGGUGGAUGAGACGGAGGAGACCACGACGUUCACGACGGAGACGUAUGAGACGAUUGAGGAGGUGCCAACCUUCAAGAAGACGCCCGAGACGACGGAGGUGGAUGAGACGGAGGAGACCACGACGUUCACGACGGAGACGUAUGAGACGAUUGAGGAGGUGCCAACCUUCAAGAAGACGCCCGAGACGACGGAGGUGGAUGAGACGGAGGAGACCACGACGUUCACGACGGAGACGUAUGAGACGAUUGAGGAGGUGCCAACCUUCAAGAAGACGCCCGAGACGACGGAGGUGGAUGAGACGGAGGAGACCACGACGUUCACGACGGAGACGUAUGAGACGAUUGAGGAGGUGCCAACCUUCAAGAAGACGCCCGAGACGACGGAGGUGGAUGAGACGGAGGAGACCACGACGUUCACGACGGAGACGUAUGAGACGAUUGAGGAGGUGCCAACCUUCAAGAAGACGCCCGAGACGACGGAGGUGGAUGAGACGGAGGAGACCACGACGUUCACGACGGAGACGUAUGAGACGAUUGAGGAGGUGCCAACCUUCAAGAAGACGCCCGAGACGACGGAGGUGGAUGAGACGGAGGAGACCACGACGUUCACGACGGAGACGUAUGAGACGAUUGAGGAGGUGCCAACCUUCAAGAAGACGCCCGAGACGACGGAGGUGGAUGAGACGGAGGAGACCACGACGUUCACGACGGAGACGUAUGAGACGAUUGAGGAGGUGCCAACCUUCAAGAAGACGCCCGAGACGACGGAGGUGGAUGAGACGGAGGAGACCACGACGUUCACGACGGAGACGUAUGAGACGAUUGAGGAGGUGCCAACCUUCAAGAAGACGCCCGAGACGACGGAGGUGGAUGAGACGGAGGAGACCACGACGUUCACGACGGAGACGUAUGAGACGAUUGAGGAGGUGCCAACCUUCAAGAAGACGCCCGAGACGACGGAGGUGGAUGAGACGGAGGAGACCACGACGUUCACGACGGAGACGUAUGAGACGAUUGAGGAGGUGCCAACCUUCAAGAAGACGCCCGAGACGACGGAGGUGGAUGAGACGGAGGAGACCACGACGUUCACGACGGAGACGUAUGAGACGAUUGAGGAGGUGCCAACCUUCAAGAAGACGCCCGAGACGACGGAGGUGGAUGAGACGGAGGAGACCACGACGUUCACGACGGAGACGUAUGAGACGAUUGAGGAGGUGCCAACCUUCAAGAAGACGCCCGAGACGACGGAGGUGGAUGAGACGGAGGAGACCACGACGUUCACGACGGAGACGUAUGAGACGAUUGAGGAGGUGCCAACCUUCAAGAAGACGCCCGAGACGACGGAGGUGGAUGAGACGGAGGAGACCACGACGUUCACGACGGAGACGUAUGAGACGAUUGAGGAGGUGCCAACCUUCAAGAAGACGCCCGAGACGACGGAGGUGGAUGAGACGGAGGAGACCACGACGUUCACGACGGAGACGUAUGAGACGAUUGAGGAGGUGCCAACCUUCAAGAAGACGCCCGAGACGACGGAGGUGGAUGAGACGGAGGAGACCACGACGUUCACGACGGAGACGUAUGAGACGAUUGAGGAGGUGCCAACCUUCAAGAAGACGCCCGAGACGACGGAGGUGGAUGAGACGGAGGAGACCACGACGUUCACGACGGAGACGUAUGAGACGAUUGAGGAGGUGCCAACCUUCAAGAAGACGCCCGAGACGACGGAGGUGGAUGAGACGGAGGAGACCACGACGUUCACGACGGAGACGUAUGAGACGAUUGAGGAGGUGCCAACCUUCAAGAAGACGCCCGAGACGACGGAGGUGGAUGAGACGGAGGAGACCACGACGUUCACGACGGAGACGUAUGAGACGAUUGAGGAGGUGCCAACCUUCAAGAAGACGCCCGAGACGACGGAGGUGGAUGAGACGGAGGAGACCACGACGUUCACGACGGAGACGUAUGAGACGAUUGAGGAGGUGCCAACCUUCAAGAAGACGCCCGAGACGACGGAGGUGGAUGAGACGGAGGAGACCACGACGUUCACGACGGAGACGUAUGAGACGAUUGAGGAGGUGCCAACCUUCAAGAAGACGCCCGAGACGACGGAGGUGGAUGAGACGGAGGAGACCACGACGUUCACGACGGAGACGUAUGAGACGAUUGAGGAGGUGCCAACCUUCAAGAAGACGCCCGAGACGACGGAGGUGGAUGAGACGGAGGAGACCACGACGUUCACGACGGAGACGUAUGAGACGAUUGAGGAGGUGCCAACCUUCAAGAAGACGCCCGAGACGACGGAGGUGGAUGAGACGGAGGAGACCACGACGUUCACGACGGAGACGUAUGAGACGAUUGAGGAGGUGCCAACCUUCAAGAAGACGCCCGAGACGACGGAGGUGGAUGAGACGGAGGAGACCACGACGUUCACGACGGAGACGUAUGAGACGAUUGAGGAGGUGCCAACCUUCAAGAAGACGCCCGAGACGACGGAGGUGGAUGAGACGGAGGAGACCACGACGUUCACGACGGAGACGUAUGAGACGAUUGAGGAGGUGCCAACCUUCAAGAAGACGCCCGAGACGACGGAGGUGGAUGAGACGGAGGAGACCACGACGUUCACGACGGAGACGUAUGAGACGAUUGAGGAGGUGCCAACCUUCAAGAAGACGCCCGAGACGACGGAGGUGGAUGAGACGGAGGAGACCACGACGUUCACGACGGAGACGUAUGAGACGAUUGAGGAGGUGCCAACCUUCAAGAAGACGCCCGAGACGACGGAGGUGGAUGAGACGGAGGAGACCACGACGUUCACGACGGAGACGUAUGAGACGAUUGAGGAGGUGCCAACCUUCAAGAAGACGCCCGAGACGACGGAGGUGGAUGAGACGGAGGAGACCACGACGUUCACGACGGAGACGUAUGAGACGAUUGAGGAGGUGCCAACCUUCAAGAAGACGCCCGAGACGACGGAGGUGGAUGAGACGGAGGAGACCACGACGUUCACGACGGAGACGUAUGAGACGAUUGAGGAGGUGCCAACCUUCAAGAAGACGCCCGAGACGACGGAGGUGGAUGAGACGGAGGAGACCACGACGUUCACGACGGAGACGUAUGAGACGAUUGAGGAGGUGCCAACCUUCAAGAAGACGCCCGAGACGACGGAGGUGGAUGAGACGGAGGAGACCACGACGUUCACGACGGAGACGUAUGAGACGAUUGAGGAGGUGCCAACCUUCAAGAAGACGCCCGAGACGACGGAGGUGGAUGAGACGGAGGAGACCACGACGUUCACGACGGAGACGUAUGAGACGAUUGAGGAGGUGCCAACCUUCAAGAAGACGCCCGAGACGACGGAGGUGGAUGAGACGGAGGAGACCACGACGUUCACGACGGAGACGUAUGAGACGAUUGAGGAGGUGCCAACCUUCAAGAAGACGCCCGAGACGACGGAGGUGGAUGAGACGGAGGAGACCACGACGUUCACGACGGAGACGUAUGAGACGAUUGAGGAGGUGCCAACCUUCAAGAAGACGCCCGAGACGACGGAGGUGGAUGAGACGGAGGAGACCACGACGUUCACGACGGAGACGUAUGAGACGAUUGAGGAGGUGCCAACCUUCAAGAAGACGCCCGAGACGACGGAGGUGGAUGAGACGGAGGAGACCACGACGUUCACGACGGAGACGUAUGAGACGAUUGAGGAGGUGCCAACCUUCAAGAAGACGCCCGAGACGACGGAGGUGGAUGAGACGGAGGAGACCACGACGUUCACGACGGAGACGUAUGAGACGAUUGAGGAGGUGCCAACCUUCAAGAAGACGCCCGAGACGACGGAGGUGGAUGAGACGGAGGAGACCACGACGUUCACGACGGAGACGUAUGAGACGAUUGAGGAGGUGCCAACCUUCAAGAAGACGCCCGAGACGACGGAGGUGGAUGAGACGGAGGAGACCACGACGUUCACGACGGAGACGUAUGAGACGAUUGAGGAGGUGCCAACCUUCAAGAAGACGCCCGAGACGACGGAGGUGGAUGAGACGGAGGAGACCACGACGUUCACGACGGAGACGUAUGAGACGAUUGAGGAGGUGCCAACCUUCAAGAAGACGCCCGAGACGACGGAGGUGGAUGAGACGGAGGAGACCACGACGUUCACGACGGAGACGUAUGAGACGAUUGAGGAGGUGCCAACCUUCAAGAAGACGCCCGAGACGACGGAGGUGGAUGAGACGGAGGAGACCACGACGUUCACGACGGAGACGUAUGAGACGAUUGAGGAGGUGCCAACCUUCAAGAAGACGCCCGAGACGACGGAGGUGGAUGAGACGGAGGAGACCACGACGUUCACGACGGAGACGUAUGAGACGAUUGAGGAGGUGCCAACCUUCAAGAAGACGCCCGAGACGACGGAGGUGGAUGAGACGGAGGAGACCACGACGUUCACGACGGAGACGUAUGAGACGAUUGAGGAGGUGCCAACCUUCAAGAAGACGCCCGAGACGACGGAGGUGGAUGAGACGGAGGAGACCACGACGUUCACGACGGAGACGUAUGAGACGAUUGAGGAGGUGCCAACCUUCAAGAAGACGCCCGAGACGACGGAGGUGGAUGAGACGGAGGAGACCACGACGUUCACGACGGAGACGUAUGAGACGAUUGAGGAGGUGCCAACCUUCAAGAAGACGCCCGAGACGACGGAGGUGGAUGAGACGGAGGAGACCACGACGUUCACGACGGAGACGUAUGAGACGAUUGAGGAGGUGCCAACCUUCAAGAAGACGCCCGAGACGACGGAGGUGGAUGAGACGGAGGAGACCACGACGUUCACGACGGAGACGUAUGAGACGAUUGAGGAGGUGCCAACCUUCAAGAAGACGCCCGAGACGACGGAGGUGCCAACCUUCAAGAAGACGCCCGAGACGACGGAGGUGGAUGAGACGGAGGAGACCACGACGUUCACGACGGAGACGUAUGAGACGAUUGAGGAGGUGCCACAAAAAACAAGAGGGGGAGGAGACACGACGUUCACGACGGAGACGUAUGAGACGAUUGAGGAGGUGCCAACCUUCAAGAAGACGCCCGAGACGACGGAGGUGGAUGAGACGGAGGAGACCACGACGUUCACGACGGAGACGUAUGAGACGAUUGAGGAGGUGCCAACCUUCAAGAAGACGCCCGAGACGACGGAGGUGGAUGAGACGGAGGAGACCACGACGUUCACGACGGAGACGUAUGAGACGAUUGAGGAGGUGCCAACCUUCAAGAAGACGCCCGAGACGACGGAGGUGGAUGAGACGGAGGAGACCACGACGUUCACGACGGAGACGUAUGAGACGAUUGAGGAGGUGCCAACCUUCAAGAAGAAGACGCCCGAGACGACGGAGGUGGAUGAGACGGAGGAGACCACGACGUUCACGACGGAGACGUAUGAGACGAUUUGA